AUGGCGAUAUGCCCAGAAAGGUGCGAAGGCGAUUAUAAAGUUGUAGGGGCUAAUGAGAAAGGCUAUCUUACCGUUCUUUUUAAAGCUGCUGCAUCACGACAAUUACUUCCACAUUUGAUCCUGUUUGAUCUUAAGACGACACCAAGAAAAGAAGUUCUGGAAAAGAUACCGAGCGACUGGACAGUGGGUAAUACAGAAAAGGGUUGGAUGGCAUCAGAUAGCUUUUAUAAAUAUAUUGUGAAUGUUUUUUAUAAGUGGCUUAUAGACAAUGACUAUGAAUUUCCUGUAAUUCUAUAUGUGGAUAAUCAUUUAUCACAUUUAACAAUGCAGUUAGCUAAGUUUUGUAAGGAAAAACAAACAGAAUUAAUAAGACUGCAUCCGAAUUCUACACAUAUUAUUCAGCCCUUAGACGUGGGAUUGUUCCAUGUGUUCAAAGAGAACUACAAAGUAGCUAACAACGAAUUCAGAAUCCAGAAUAAUGUUGUUGAUGUGAAAAAGUACAUGCUUGCUGGGAUUUUCAAGCAGGCUUUGGAGUCGUAUGAUUUCACAAACUGCAUUGUAAGUAAGUUUCCAACAUGUGGAUUAGCUCCAUUUGAUCCUGAUGCAGUUCAAUAUAAUGUUCUUAACAAAAAGAAAAAAAUACAGCCACUAAUGAUAGAGAAGAGGUUGGUUCAAAUGGUUUUACCAGUGAUAGUGAAACCUUCUUGCAGAAAUUCGAAAGGGAUAUACUUUCGCCUGGUAAUUUAA